AUGGGUGACGGUGCCGUGAUUGGUGUCGCCCCCGAGGGAACGCGGCUCGGCGACAUUGUCUGUACUUUUCUGGAGAGCUGCCUAGCGCUCGUUUUCAGGCCAACAUCUGCCACGACAAGCUCACCAGGGGACGGGUCCGGCUACGAGGUGCUGCAGGGCGGGAGCUUUUCCCUUGUCGGUCGCGCCAUUAUUCAUCUCUUAGGCGGCGAAGAACAACGGCGGUACAAGACCGUACUCAGUCCAGAUAAGACGGUUGAGAUAGUCCAGGCCAAGGGAUCCUUCAUCAAGGGCCGGGAUGCGCCAUGGCCCGUAACGGUCUCCAUGGACAUGCCAACGUUGUGGCUGGUAACACGAUCCGAGGCCAAUCUGGCUACAAGAGGGUUUUCCAAGGCCAUGUUAGAUCUACUGCCUCGGGAGGAUUCAUCCGCCGUGCUAGGCCGAAGCAAGCCAGCCGACGAGGAGAGGGACAGCAGUGGGCUGACAAGCACGCAGAAAUUUGACAGGGAAGUACUGAUGCUACAGUCAGACCCGCAGCUCCGAAAACACGCACUGGGGCCUGGGAGUGCGGGAAUCGUGAACUUGGGGUCGACAGGAUACAUCAGCUCUACCCUGCAGACCCUAUAUAUGCUGAAGCCCAUUCGGAUGGAUAUUCUCAACGACAUAACCGUGCGCAGCGCCAGCGGCAUCGGGGCGGCUCUCAAUCACUUGUUCAAGCACCUGCACAGUUCUUCGCUACCCGUGUCGCCGUUGGUGCUGACGCGGGCCUUCGGGUGGGAGGACCGGAAACUCGGAGAAGCGCAGGAUAUAUCAGAGUUCUUUAGGAAGUUCACCGAACUGUUCAGCUCGGGGAAGCUCGGAGACAGAUUACGCAACACCUUCGACAGCUUGUUUUGUGGCAAGACUGAAAGAAGUGUUCGAGAUCAUGGGUCGUCUAUGAUUGAGCAGUUCUAUGAUCUGCAAGCCAAUACCCGUGGCCUUGACACAGCCGAAAUCAACACCUUGGAGGAUUCGAUCCGUGACUACUGUGCGACAUACGAAGGUGUAACGGUACACUUGCGGACCAUACCGCCGGUCUUCCUAAUCCACGUGAAAAACUUCUUCUAUGAUAUAGAAAAGGACAAUUUGGCUAUGGUUCGCACAAGAUUCAUCUACCCGCGUGUUCUAGAUUUGGCGAGCAUCGUUGACAACGGCACGGAGAACUCACCAUCAGAGUUGCUCUACCAGCUCCAUGGGUUAGCCACUCUUUGUAACCUUGACAAUGCAACUUACAGGGAAGAUGGGCUAACGAGUGUCUCUCACCUCGCAGAGUUGUAG